AUUACAAGUACGAGUAUGUGAUCCAUGAAUUCCCGUCCCAACAACAAGCCUAACAAUUUCUAUAAAUAUAAGUUGCGAAGCAAUGCAACAGUUUAUUUGGCUGAUGUAACGAUACCAGUAGUUAGAGGCUUAAGAAAAUGUUGGAGUUCAAUAAAAGGACACAUAAAGUGCUGAUGUAUGCGCUGGUGGCCUUGGUGCUGCUGCAAGUGCUGAUCGAAUCUACUGAUGCGGCGACGAAGUGUCACCAAUGCACCGGAAUUAAUUGUCAACGCAUGACUUACGCAGCCACGGAGGAUUGCGCAGAUGAGCUGGACAGUUGUAUCACAAUCUUUCAAGACUCUAUGGUCCUAGCACAAGGCUGCUUUGGUCAAUUGGCCGUAGAGCUACGUAACAAAUGUGAAAUGCCAAGCACUGAGGAGGCCGACGUGGCUGAAAUUACCGAUGUUGAUGAGACAGCACUCGUAGUUAACAGAGAAUGUCAUAAGUGCAGUGAAGAUUUGUGUAAUAAUCUUAGCGCUGAGGGUACCGACUGCAUACAGUGUGACUCUAAUGAGGAUGCCGAAUGUGCGAGUGAUACCGAAAAUCUGCAACCUCAAAGAUGUUCUAUUUCAAGGGCAGUAAAUACAUAUUGUUAUACUAAAAUCGAGGCAAGCCGUGCAACGCGUGGUUGUGCCACGGAUUUGGUGCAGCAAAAAGAAUGUUUGAAUAGCAGUGGCUGCAGCCUCUGUUCACCUAGUGAUAUUGAUGGCUGCAAUCGCGAUCCUAGGGCAGCAACAAAUGAUUCAGGUUCGAGUUCUGGUGGUGGCAGUGGCAGUGGCGACUCAGAUAAUGGAGCGAGUUCCGGUACAGGUACAGAUGACUCGAGCUCUGGAGGUUCAGGGACUGGUAAUGGCGGUUCGAGCUCUGGUGGCUCUGACAGUGGAUCAGGUACAGGUGGCGGUGGCGGUGACUCGAACUCUGGAAGUUCAGGUACUGGUAAUGGCGGUUCGAGCUCUGGUGGCUCAGAUAGUGGAGCGGGUUCCGGUUCAGGUGAUGGUUCGAGCUCUGGAGGUGACAGUAGUGACUCGAGCUCUGAAAGUGGUUCAGGUUCUGGGUCAGAUACUGAAAAUAGUGGUGCCUCCGGUGUAUCAAAUAAAUUAUUUGUCGUAGUGAUUUUGAUGACAUUGCCGUAUUUUAUAUCAUUUAAAUAAGAACUGUAUAUAGUUUAAAAUCACAAGUAUUAAUAUAUAUAAUAUUACUGUAACGGUUUUAAAAAAUUCUUCCUCUUCUAUUUGUUACUUUUAAAUGAGAUAGCAAAUCCAUAAAUAAAUACGUAAGGUAUUUCCGCUCAGUACAUAAGUAAAUA